ACGAUAUGCUUCUUACAUGAACCCGAAAGUUAAAAAAGAAUUGAAGGACAAGCUUACGGAUAGAGCUUUGAACUCUUUUCCGAGACUAUAUUUGGGAAAUACCUCGACAUGCAGCAUUGUGAAGUUCAACCACAAAUGUUCAGGUGUUUUAUGGUUAGAGAGCUGAAAAAAAGUACCCCAACUGCCUUUGUUAUUGAUGUUAAUGGUUUUGAAUUGACGUUCCAGCUUUUCGAUUUUGCAUUAAUGACUGGGUUGAAGUGUUUCGGGGAAGAAAUUGUCGUUAACUCUAAGAAAAAUAGACUGUUGGAUACAUAUUUUGGGGGUUCCGACAAAAGUGUGAAAAAGACUGAAUUGCUUGAAUGCUUUAAGGAUCAGAAUUGGGGCGUUGAUGAUGAUGCAGACGGAGAUCUUCGUAAAGAUUGCAUUAUCGUAUUUUAUCCAUACAUACAUCCUAUCCGGUGAGAAAAACAAUGUAGUGAUUCCAAGGCUCCAUUUUGACUUGGUAGAGAGUGGGCGGUACGUAGACUAUACAUGGGGAAAGGAAGCGUUUGAUGAUUUGGUCAGAAGUAUUCACCAUAAGAUGGAUAAGACAAAACAGUAUUAUUGCCUUCGUGGUUUUCCGUUUGCUAUGCAAGCAUGGCUAUACGAGUGCUGCUCCAACGUUUCCCCAAAUUUGGUAGUAAAAAAUGGAGAUCGUAUUCCUAGAAUGUUCAACUGGAAAACUAUAGACGGGACUCCACAUUUUAAAGAUCUCAUGACUAGAAUGUUCAAUGAAGAAGACGAGUCAGAGGACCGUCUUACUUAUACGAAUAUUGUGGCGACCAUCAGUGAGAUUGAGAAACUUGGAUUGCGUCCAUAUCUCUCCGGUAAUUUCUGCAUCGACAGGUCAACAACAGGUGGCGGAUGACUAUGAUGAUUUUAGUUCGACACCACCACAUGUUUCUGCAAUCAAGCAGCCUCAAAAUAAAGGUGUAUCACAAUCUCCACCUCACAAGAAGCCUAGACAGAUGCCAAUGGUACCAUCUCCAUUGAAGAAGACCGCAUCUCCAAAUACACGUGUUAGUAGUCAUCCGAGUGGUGGACGAUUCACCAGACGUCAUGGGUUGGCAUCAACUGGG